GGCCUGUUUGUUUCACCGGAUUGGACAGGAUUGUGUCCCAAUCCGGUGUUUGAAAGGAACAAACGAAGAAGCGGAUAAGUUAGCUGCUACAGUAAAAUAAUCCCCCGAGAGGAGGAUUAAGCUGACCCGUCCUUCCCCCUGGGUCAAAUUUCUGUCCGGAGCUCAUCGAAGGCGUUGCUGGUGUCUCUCGAGUGCCUCUGCCCAGAUCAAGCGUGCCUCUGCCCAGAUCAAGCUCUGAAUAUCAAUGGAAGCUGGAGGUAGCGAUAACGAUAAUAGGGGUGGUGACUCUAGGCGUACAUGGACUCAACGAGAGGAAGAAGCUUUACUGAUUAUCUUAGAUGAAGCUGUAGCUAGUGGGCAACGUUGUGAUACAGGGUCAUUUAAGCCUGGCACACUUACUAUGAUUGAGAGGCGACUAUCUGAGCUGUGUCCUAAUUCGAGACUGCGAGCCAAUCCACAUAUUGAGUCGAAGAUGAGAAAGUGGAAGAAGCAAUAUGGUAUAAUAUAUGACAUGCUGAACAAAAGUGGAUUUGGAUGGAAUGACUCUCUUAAAUGUGUGGAGGUUGACAGUGAAGAAGUUUGGCAAGCAUAUGUGCAGAGUGCCCCAAGUGCAAAAGGUUGGAGAGGAAAAUCUUUUCCUAUUUAUGAGAAGCUUGCUAAUAUUUUUGGGAAAGAUCGGGCAACCGGACGUGGAGCACAAACUCCAAUUGAUAUGAUAAAUGAAAUAAAUCUGGACACUGCAAAUGAACCAAUUGAUAAUGUCGAUUCUCCAAUGUCUGUGAAUCGAGGAGGUAGUGAACCAUCUACACAAAUCCAAGCAAGAGGUAAACGAAAAUCUAGAUCGAAGGACGAUGACAUUGUAGCCGGGUUAGGCAAUGCAGCAAAGAAAUUAUUUGAUAAAUUGGCUGCAAAGUUGGAAAAAUCCGAGGCUUAUUAUCCACAAUAUUUAGUUAUGGAGCUUGACAGGUUAGGAUUUGAGGCCAGUGAUAACCUCAGAAUCUCUAAGGCAAUGAGAUCGGAUCCAUCGAAUAUAGAGGUUUUUAAGGUUAUUAAAACGGAUGCGAGGAAGAUUGCAUUUGCUCGUGACUUUUUGGAUAACUAA